GUGCGAACCGCAUUUUUCACAUCUACCAACAUUUUCUAACUCGACCGUUCGUCAGUACAGUUCUGUACACGGAGAACUGAGUGAAGUACGAGAGGAAUUGCGAAAACUUGGUCACGGUACGGUAGAAUUCAACCCGUCAUUCUCUCCGGGAAUCGGUCUGAUCACGCUGCAAAACGUCGAACGGCGUAAUGCCCUCAGCGGAAGGAUGAUGGCACAAUUGGCCGAUUUGGUUGAUAGAUUAGAAAGAAUUGUGAAGGGUGAGACUAGUGUUCGGGAAGAGGAAGAACUAGUAGCGUUGAUAUUGACGGGGAGUGGAAAUACAUUUUGUUCGGGAUUCGAUCUGAGUGUAGCAAAAGAACAUAUUUUGACCUCUGAGAAUGGUGCCAAGAUGAGUUCUUUAAUGCAGGACACAUUAUUCCGGUUUAGUCAACUACCUCUGAUAUCAGUUGCUGCCAUCGAAGGUCAUGCUCUGGGAGGGGGUGCAGAACUUUCAACUGCAUGUGAUCAUCGGUGUAUUUCGGAUACAGCAAAAGUUCGAUUUGUGCAAGUAAAGAUGGCGACCACGCCUGGAUGGGGAGGUGGAGGAAGAUUAAUCAAGAUAGUGGGGAAAACCAGUGCAUUAAGGAUUAUGGGGGCUAGCGUUCCGUUGACCGGAAAAGACGCGUUGGAUGUCGGUUUUGCAGACAUCCUAGCCGUAAAUAACGAAUCGGUUUUGGAUAAGUCUAUAGAGUACUUGGAUCCUUAUGUGUAUUUUUUUGCGCAAAAGGAGGGGGAGUCGGUUCCCGAAAGGAGAAGGAAUUCUGUUCGAGCGGUACGAGGGAUUAAAGCCAUAACUGCACGGGCAGAUAAUGACGAAGCGCAUAAAGAAUUUUUAAGAUGGGAGCAUCGCUUAUUCGCUGAUUAUUGGGGACAAGAAGAAAAUGUUGCUGCGGUAAUCGGAUCGUCGAAAAAGGAAGGCAAAUAA